AUGUGUGAUAAUGAAACAUUGAGUGAAGGAAUGAAUGAAUCUAUUUUGAAAAGGUAUGGAUAUGUCGAUUUUUAAACUAAAUAGUAAACUCUAGAAGAUGAUAAACUAAAAUCCCUCAAAGUCAUUCAAAAAUUAUAAUUAAAUAGUAAUAGUAAUGGAGAUACUCCAAGAAUGAAACGGUUUGUGUAUAAAAGCCUUAUUAAAAAGGAAGAUAAAUCUCAACAGAAAUAUUAAGAAUCAUAAUUAGAAAAUCUUCAUCAAGAAUUUAUUCAAUUCAAAAAAAGGAGGAUUUAAAUCAGUUUGACCAACACGUAGAAUUUUCUCACUUUCAUAAAGAUAAAAAUAUUAGUAAAGUUCUCAAUAAUUUCUAAAAAUAACAGCAUAGCAAACCUCGAGAACAAUUUUAUAGUAAAACUAGAUUGGGAAAGACUAAAAUGA